AUGGCUCAAACGAGUCUCAACUCUUUGACCAUGGAGCUUGGUAUGCUGAAGCGACAGGCUAUCAAUGCCGAAAUUUACCUGGAAUGCUUGAACAAGCUUGUGGAACCGCUCGCUGUUGUUCAAGGGCCUAUGGGUCUACGGACCUGGCUCAGCGAAAUACAACAUUUUAUGGGCUUGAUGAAGCAAAGGUCUUUCCAAGGUUUUCCACUAUCGCCCCGAGAGCGACAGGUUGUCCAGUGGUACUCUACCAAGUGGAGAGAGCUUCGUGGAGGGCCUUGUGAUAUGGGACGACCUGAAGCACAAAUCGUUCUCAUCUCUCUCAACGAGCUCUGCAGAGUUUAG